AUUUCACGGCACCAGGCGCGAUACUUUGAGUCCAAAAGUCCGAUAAUCCGCGAAAUGAUCAUAUCGUAUGUCGGACAUGCGCUAAGUUUUGCAAUCGUCGAAAACGUUGGCGAGAAUAGAAAAAAAAAAAAAAAAUACAAUCUGACCAGCACGUGCGGAACACGCGUUGUACGAGACCCCGUCCAGAUUUGAGGUGCUAGCGGCUAAUUCGCGUAGGAUAGAGAGACUACAAGAGCGCUUAUCUUAACGCAAAUAGAAGGAAUAUAUUCUUUUAUUACUACACAUCGAGACAUGUGCGACACUCUGUACUCUCAUGAUCAUCGUCCCCACCUUUUUAGAUUCGCCAUAAUUAAGAGGAGGCAUAUCAUGCCAUCCACAUUGCACGGAGGUGCGCGACAACCUCUAGUAUCUAUUGAAUAGUCAGUUUGACGUUAGCGAUUCGUAUGAUCGAAACGAAUGAAACGUGGAUAGAAUUAUUCGCCUUCGUAGCCUCAUUUGAUUUAUAUUCUUGUUAAUUAGUUUUUGUCAUGUGAUAUCUUUGUUUUCAAAAUUGAACUCUAUUAUCAUUACUAUUUUAUUCUGUGUUAAGAGAGUAGGUUUUUAUUGGGGAUUAUACAUUCGUUUAAACUAAGUUUACAUUGAAAAUUUCACAACUAAAAUUCUCAAAAAUCAUUUAACUCGUUGAUAAGUAAAUGUUGAUAUCAAUUAAUAUUAACGAUUUCUUGAUUAUGCCGGAUUGUUGAAUACUGCACAAAUCUUUUCGCGGGGCCGGAGUUAAGAGGCGUAAAAAAAAUUUUUGUUCAAUUUUUGGAUCGAAUUAGACGGCUGAGAUUGGAUUCCCCUGACUGAUUCUUUUAAUUUCUACAAAAUUUCUUCUACAAUUUACAAAAUGAGACGACGCAAAGUUGGUAUCGGAACGCUCGCUUUCCAGCUUAAUGAUUCCGUCGCGAUUAUCUCUGUGGCGAGGGAAAACUCUUUAGCGGGUAAAAUAAUCGAGGGUAGUUAAGGGCGCAAAAAUUAAAGUGUUGUUCAAACCCGUUGGAUUUGCGAUAAUAUAUCAUCACGUAAGAUCGGUCGGCUACAAAUGGUGACCUUCUAAAUCGUCACGUCGUCUAAUCCGAAAGACAUCUAAAUUGGAAACUACGACUGUACGAUUGUAUACGAAUUAUUCUGAAGCAAAACACUCUCGUCUGUCAGUUCGCUUCGCCCCUGGAUGUCGAUACCCACAACAAACCCGAGGCUGUCGUUUUGGAAGGGAAGUACUGGAAAAGAAAACUAGCGGCCGUCACUGCAGAGUACAAGAAAUGGCGUAUGUUUUAUCGCAACAAGAUACUUGGCUGGACAAACAAAGAUGGCAGCGAUAUGUCGGAAUCAAUGGACAUGCUAGAUUGGGACAACGGAUUGGGAAUCGCGGGUGGUUUCGGAGUCGGAAUGGGAAGUCUGUACGGUGUUACAGGCGGUGCGCUGGGAGGGGACAGUUUGCACAGUAUGAUGGUCGAUGAGGAUUACAUGGAGCUGAUGACUGAUACCUUGUUUUCCACAAUUAGCUCUAACCAACCAUUUCACUUUCCUGAUCCCAGGGAAAUUGCCCGAGUGGCAAGUCUGGCUGACUUUAUUCAGCCUAGUCUCGGUCCACUGCAACCAAAUCUGGAUGAUUUCAUGGAUACUCUCGAGCCAUUGCAGGAGUUCUUUAACCAGAAGCUCCCUCCAGUUCCGGAAGAAGAUGAUAUGUUUCGUAGCGGUACUAUGAGCAAUACUUAUCCCGAGUUGGAGCUCAUGCCAUCGAUAACCCAGGUCAAUCAGAUUGGCCAUAUCUCUUCAAUGGACACUCAAUCGCCAUCGGGGACGACGGGUAUAGAACAACAGCAUAGCGGUACAGUGCAAAAUCUCCAGUAUACAGCAAAGACCUAUGACGAGCCGCAACAGCAACCGCAACAGUCUACAGCUUACAGAAAUAACAUAAGCAAUAUCUCUGAAAAUUACAACACCGUUCAACAAGGCUUUGACGCCACGCCGAGGCAAACCAGCCGAGGUAAAGGUAGACAAAGCAGAUCUACAACGAGAAACAACCAUUUGGUGCAACAAUCGCAGCAGCAAAAUGCUUAUCAACAACCUAGGCAGCAACAAAAUUUAGCAUAUCAGCAACCCACUUCCCAACAACAGCAACAGAACUAUUCUAUGGAUAUACAGGGUGUUCAAUUAAGCCCUGUGCCAAACCAAGCUACACUAACAUCCCUUAAUAAUCAAGUGGCUAAUACGAGCCAUAUUUCUCCCAUCACCAGUCAUGUACAAAAUUAUGCACAACCAAAUUCACCACCGCAAACCCAACAGCGGUCGAUCAGGCCCAUGCCACCAACCACAUCUGCCCCUAAGCCCUACAAAGCUGUUCAGCCCGUACAGGGCUACAAAUUUACCCUGCCCGCACAAAAGUUUACACCCCAACAGUGUAAAUUCAGCUCAUCGAGUUAUAAGAGUUCCUCUGCACAGCAGGUAUCUCCAAUGUCGACGACACUGCAAGCACAGUCGCAUGUACUAGGAAGUUCUUUCCAAUGCCGACCUCUUGGUAGUCUUGGACUGGACCCUACCGCCCCAGCACAGCAUCCUGCCAAGCUUUUACCUCGACCUACUCCAGCUACUGGUGAAAAAGAAGAAGUUUUUGCAGUACCCAAGUAUCAGAUGAAGUCUAGAAAUCGUUCGCGUAGUAGCUCAUCUUUAGUGCCUCCGAGACUGAAUCCACCGCCUUUAGUAUCUGCAAUUAGUGAUCCCGCGCUCAAUUUAAACAACAACGUAUUGCUCGCUCAGUUACUCACCAAUAACACGUCCAGUCUUUACACAGUCACCAGUGGACCUGAUAAAGCAGCAUCUGUAAAUCAAACGAGUGGAGUAAAACACAUAUUGCCUAUGCCACCUCCACCACAAUCCCCAGCUCAAACCAGCAGCACAACUCUUCUCAUCACCACACCGGUUACCGUGCAAUCUAUUCAAGCAGCUCCUGUUCAGGUGCAGCAGCAGGCAAUGCAAACGAGCGGACAGCCGCUUCUAUUGAGUGCGAAUAGUCAGUCGCAGCAAUCGAUUGGCAGUCCAGGAUCCCCCAAAGAUAAUUCCAGCGCGCACAGUCCGCAAGGGUUAAACCUCAGCCCAUUGCACAGUCCCAUGAGUAUAGGUAGCCCAUUAUCCCCUGGUCGAGUUUAUGUCAAAGGAGACCCUGAGCGAGGACAGUAUAAAGAGCAGCGAAGAGUAGGACACAUCCACGCCGAGCAAAAACGGAGAUAUAAUAUCAAAAAUGGAUUCGAUAUGCUACAUAGCCUGAUUCCGCAGCUUAAUCAAAAUCCCAAUACAAAAUUGAGUAAAGCUGCCAUGCUGCAAAAAGGUGCUGAUUAUGUGAGGCAACUCAGGGCGGAGAGAAAUCAGCUCAAAGAUGAAAUGGAUAGUUUGAGACAGCAAAUAGAAUGCCUUAAUUCUUCGAUAAGCAAUUGUCAGUCUAUGCUUCCUGCCACUGGAGCCCCAGUUUCCAGACACAGGACGAGCAAGAUGAAGGAAAUGUUUGACGAUUACGUGAGAACGCGUACGCGUGAGAAUUGGAAGUUUUGGAUCUUCAGCAUUUUGCUUGAGCCGUUAAUGGUUUCUUUCAAUACUUCCGUAUCCACAGCGAGUAUAGAAGACUUAUACAGGAGUACGAUGCUUUGGGUGGAGCAACAUUGCUCUCUCGUCGAUCUCAGGCCAGCUGUUCUAAAUUCUCUACGAUACCUUUGCACGGCAACUGAAAUUCUGUCAGAUCCAAGCCGCCUACCAGAAGAGGCACUGGCAGCUGUUAAUCAAACCGAUCGGCAGCGUCCAAACCAGUGAUCAUCUGCUACUCAGAGAUGUAAUACUAAGCUGAUGAAAGAAAAAAGUAAAGCUCACACGCAUACAUGUAUGUAUGGACACAAGGAACAGUUACCAUAGAUUUUUAAGGUCGGCAUCGUCUGUAGCAACAUGUCACUUCAGUGUUUGAGCGGUACUGUGUAAGGAAUUCGGACCGUGAAAACCCUGCAAAGCACACUUACUUUCAUCGUAACAACCACGCCACAAAAUAUUUUGGCAAAUAUGAAGAAAGCUGUAGUAACGUGGUUUCGAUGUGGCAACAUCAUCUUUUCUACCCAUAUUAGAACAGCUCGUCACCGCUCUCAAAAAUCAAUGUAAGUAGAUUAAUAGAUUCGUUGCCAUUGUUUACGGGUAUUGCAGUGAUCGAAAAGAUUAAAAUAAAUCUUGAACAUUCGCAAGGAGUAAAUAUUUGUGAGAUGUUCAGGAUUAUCUAUUUUAUAACGCAUGAAACAUACAUUAAGGUUUAUAAUACUUGAAGAUAUUGAUAACCCGAGGUAAAAAUGUAGAUUAAAUAUAAAAACCUUGAGGUUUUUUUGGUAUUUCGGUUGCUUGAACGAUCAACCAAUUUUUUCUAGCAGGUUAUUGUAAUGAUACGCUAUGUGUGACUGAAAAUUGUAUUUUUCCGUUGACAUAAUCUUGUACCCUAGAAACACCUUUGUGAAGAAUGAUGUAAAAAGAAUUGAUGUAGGGAUACAAUAAGCUUUUCGAGCAAUGUCUGAUUUUGGGACUGCCGUGCGAAAAAAAUGAAUUAAAGAUACGUGCCAUUAAAAAAAAAACAAAAAACUUU